UGUCUUUAUGCUUGUGAUCGACCUUUAAGUGAUUAUAUCCAUCAUAAUGAUUGCUUGAGUGAUUGCAAUGUGAGUAAUUUAUAUACUUUCAACUGAUAAAAUUAUUAAAUUUUUGAAAUUUUUUCUUAGAAAUGAUCAUGUUAUAAUUAAAAAUACAUUUUUAUUUUGGAAUCAAAUUAAAAUAUGCAUAGCCUUUUUUUUUUCUUAUUUAAAUUUUUCAAAGAAAUAUUUUCAAAAAACCAACUCAGGGUUAUUUAUUGUCUGCAACUAUUUCAAGUUUCAUGUAGUAUAUACUGAAUAAAAAAGCUUUUAAAAAAUAUAUUGUUUUAUACACUUAUAAAGAACUAUUUAACUUGUUAAAAAUCAUGUUCAUUAUUUUAUUUUGUUCAAUAGCAUGAAAGAAACAAAAACAAUAUAAAUGCUAGACAUGCAUGCAGUGAAAGUUGUGAUGUUAUUUCAUCUUUGCUGAAACAAAAAUAUGGCAGUUGCCCAGCUCCAAAUGAUAUAAGAGGUUUUAAAUCUGCAUGUGUACAAGAGUGUGCUAAUGAUUUAAAUUGUGAUGGGCUGCACAAGUGUUGUGAUAAUGGGUGUGGACAAGUUUGCCACAAGCCUGUAGCAUAUCAUGGUAAUUUUUUUUUUAUCAUUCUGCAAAGAUUUUUUAUUUUGUGAAUUAUAAAAUGUUCUUUUAUUUGUUUCAAUAAUUCAAUCAAUGUAAACUUUUCAGAGUAUUAACUGGGUUGUGCAUACAUUUUCAUUGUAAAAUUAAUAAGUCACAGUAAAUAUUAUUUAUUCAAUUUAAAGAAAAUAAACUAUUAUCCAGAGCUAAUUUAUUUAUUUUCUUCCCUAGUUAUUCCAGCUGUUCCAACUGAUGUGCAAAUCACUGAGAAAAAUGAUGAUGGAAUGAUUGUUACUUGGAACACAACAAAAAGUUCAUCUGCGCUUCCACCAAUUGUUUAUAUCUUGAGAUGGUGGUGUAUGCACGGUACUCCUGUGGUUGUCCAAUAUAAGUUUGUAAGUAUUUUAAAACUACUAUUUUAGAUAUCUGAAAAUAUUUAGGAUUUAACAUUAAAAUAAUGAUAAAUCCAUACAUAAAAUGUUUUGUUUAAGUAAAAAAUUAUUCCUCUCUCCUGUGAUAUUUUUUCUCAUAAAGUUUUUCACUUUAGAAGACAAAUUAACAUGCAGGAUAAGAAAUAAAUUAAAUCAAAUUUUUUUACAAUUUUAUCUACAGACAACUAACAAAAGGGCAAAACUAAAAGGCCAUCCCUUAAUUCAACCUGAAUCAAAAUGUAAUUUUAUGGUUGCUGCGAUAAAUAUUCAUGGAUCAGAGGGAUUCACCAAGGUCAAGGCAUAUACAAAAGGUCAGCUCCGCAACAGCAGGAGGCUAGCAAUGACUACACUAAUAUUGAACUUUAGAUGCAUGAUAUUAGAUUAUAUCAUAAUUUUAUUUCUAAUUUUUUUUCGGGGGGGAUUUAUUUAUGUAAAUCCUAUUUUUUUUACACGUUAAAGUCAAUUUUAUUGAAUCUUGAAGGAUUUCUCAAGCCAUCCCAACCUUUAAAUCUGGAACAUGUGAGAACCAAGCUACAAGAUGGCAAGGCUGAAAUAACAAUUAGAUGGCUGCCUCCACAGCAUACAGAUGGGCUCCCAGUUACUAGAUACAAGGUAAAAACCUUAAUAAACUGUUCAAUUAUACGGCUACUUUCAGUUGCCAAUUUUCAGCCAUGUCAUUAAUUUUUUUAGCUGAUAAACUUACUGUAGAUUAUGAGUUGAGAAAAUAGGUCAUCAAAAUAUUGAUAAACAUUGUUUGAAUUACAAAAUUUCAUAACAACAGACAGCAGUAUUACUUGGUGCCUGCGUAUUGAUUUCUCUUAGAAUUAUUCGGCCACCUUUUUCAAAUUCAGUCACCUUUCAGGACCACUUGCAUAUUAGCAAAAAUAAAACUCAGUUAUGAAUAAUUUUUUCCUCUAUUGAAAGACCCAUUUAAAAAACUGCUGCCUUACAUGGGUUCUUUUCCUACUGAAAACACUGGUAGUAGCUGGAGCUGUGACUCAUUGACAAAUAUACAUGCCCCUUUGAGAAACACAAGUUUCAUUUCUGUAUAUUUUGCGUAUACUGUAUUUAUGUUUACGCAAAUUGAUACUUUUAAUUUGAAGAAGUAUAAUGUUUGAACUUUGGGCAAAGUAACUCUUUUCCAAUAAAUAUUAAUUGUUACAAUAGAUAUCAUGGAGUGAUGGCCUUCCCCGUGGAUCAAAAAGCUAUGUUCGAGUACAAAUGCAUGAGAAAACUAUACCUGGUGACAGAAAUAGCUAUGUCAUUCCAAAACUUCAGUGGUGCACACUCUAUUUCAUACAGGUAAAUAUCUCUACAACUCCCUAAAAAACCUUGUUAAGCCAGCUUGCCAAAAAUAUUUUUUAAAGGAUUUUUAUAAAAUGUUAAAGAUUAAUGUAUCCAUGAAUGUAAAAUAAGUAUAACCAGAAAAUUAAAAUGCACUAGACUCAGUUUUUGCACUGCCCUCACACAUUUUAGAGAUUGAAGAAAAAGCAAGAUAAAAUCUUGUUUCUUAAUACUGAAAUCAAGAAUAUCUCUUUUAACUUGUUGCCAGUGGACAACAAAUAAAAUAGGUUUUCUGGACGCAUAUGACCGCAUGGGAGGGGGGGGGGGGUGUCCGGCAGUAAGAAGCAUUUUUGUUGAAACCGUUGGGAAUAGGCUAAAGCCAUAACUGAUCUAAUACCUCUUUUCCCUUGACAUAGCAGAAAUUAAUUGUUAAAAAGAAGUGUACAUAGUUUGAAGGAAAUCCUUAACCAAAUCCAGUGACAAAAUUUCUGGCAAUGGCUAAGCCAUUUUAAUACUUCAGUAAUAAAAUAACUUAUUGGAAUUGAGUGUUGGAUUUAGAGCAUUUAUUUUCCAGGUGCAAGCUGAGGUGAAAUGGAUUGAGAAAUCUCUUUUUGGAAAAUCAGCAUUUAUACACACAGAAGCAUGUCAUGGUCCCCAGCCUGCAAAGGAAAUUGGUUAGUUUUUUUUAAUGUUCUCUAUUUUAUCUUUUUAUUUUUCAAAUCUAUACUUUCUACUUUGUGGUGAUGGCAUUCUUUUAAAAUUGCAACUACUGAGCAUUUUUUGAGGUUGAUAAAAUUUUAUAGUCAGUGAUUGUAUGUAAAUUUUUUUAUUCCUUGGAUUUUAUUGCUUUAAUAGUAUUAUUUGGAUGUAUCGCAAUGUUUAAAAAAUAUUUGUGGAAACUUCUAAAAAGUGCACAGUUUGUUAAAAUGCACUCAAAAAUCUUUUUAAGUAAUUGUUAGCAUAUGUCAUAUCAUCAUUUAAUCAGUGAGGUUGCUGGAUAAUUUUAUGGAGAUUGCCAACUUGCAACAUCCCAUCUUCUUAGACAGUUAUUUACGGUCACAAAUGACCCAAUCAUUGAACCCAUGGAUUGAUUUCAUGGAAAGCUGUGUUCAAGAAAAUCAGUUUGAUAGAGAUGCAUGUGCUCUUUUGUUUCAAAUUUCAACAGUUGCAAACAGCUGUUGUGAAGCUUUUUUUUAAAAAUCUUUCAGAAAUGGAGAGUAUCUCUCCUGUUGACUUUCAACGAUUCUCCAUAUACAAUAUUACUGUCCACACACCAGCCUUUGUAAACUCCAAGCUUACAGCCAAUGUGACCUGGUUUAUUUAUCCGGGUGAGUAUUACAGACCUGUUAACUCUUAUGAUUUUGGUGUACACUGUAUAACUUUGAGAAAUCUUUUACGAUUGUAUACCAGGACCUGUCAGAACUACAAUUUUACAAAACUGGGUUAAAAAAAUAAAUUCUAGUGGUUUUUACUGUUUUAAAAAAUAUGUAUUAUUAAUUAAUAACAAAUAAAACAACGUUUUGGGUUGUUAGUUUUAGCUCCUUUCUAUAGCUAGUGGUGAAUGGACAGAGAAAUACGAUUGGCUGGGCACCAUCCAUUAUUAUAUUACUUACACACUGAGAGGGGGUAGUGUUUAGUUGGAAGCGUACGUGUGUGCAUGGGAGGUAUAAGGGGUCUAAACAUUUUUUAAAGGUUAUAAUGUAUCACGACUACGUUUGGCAAUAAUUGUCAUAUUGUUGCUUUGUCUUUUCACAAUAAAUUUGGUAGAUACAGCAACAGUAAUAUUAAUCGUAUUCAUCUAGAGACAAACAUAGUAAAAAUUAUAUUUGUUUGCUUCAGUGUUGUACGACAUACUUUUGUGACAUAAUAAUCUAAUUUUUCGGCUGAACUUAGGCAAUUGCAAAAAAAAAUGGAAAAAACUACAGAUUUAAAAAAAAGAACUGCAUCUUCAACUGCACCACAUAGCAGCGUUAGUUUUUUGAAAUAUUUUAUGAGAUCUAGUAAGCAUCAUUUGAAAUCUAUUUUUAGAAGUCAUUAAGCAGCUGUACAAUACCCCAGCCCUCCUCUUCCCUUAUCCCAAGACCCCUUGCUGUAGUUAUUAGACUGCAAUAUGUUAACGACAAAUUAAUUCAACCUCAUAGACUUAAAGUAGGGGCGGGCUAUUCACGACCAAUGUUCCCUUUAAGCUGCACCGCCACGCAGCUAUCUCACAGACGACACACAGCAGUUUUGAGUCCCACGCAGCAAAUUUCGAUGUAAGUGUGUGUUUCUGUUUGUGGCCUGUAAAAUUUUGCACACAAAAAAAUUGAUGCUGUAAAACUUUGCACACAACUGUAUGAUUUUGCACACGAACCAACAGACCUUAGAGGGAACAUUGUUCACGACCCGCCACAUUAAAUAUUGUGGCCCGCCGGAUGAAUGACAAAUGAACUUAUUUCUUCAUUCAAUUUGCCAUUAUUUUCAUUUUUGAAACAAAUUAACAUUUGAAAUACAUACGCAUAACUUUUUGGAAUGAUAUGCGCCAUUUCUGCUUUCUUUGCACCUUUUUAGACCGAUUUUAAAAAAUAGUUUGAAAUAAGUAACAAAUUAUGAAACAGUAUUACUAUUUAUCAACUUCUAAAAAUAUAAAGUAUCUAUAUAAACACAGCUAGGUAAGGGGACCUAAUUUUCCAUAAGCUUUACGAUUGAGUGUAGAAUAAUGCAAAACCAUAUUCAGGUUUACACAAAAGUGCAUCCCAGCAUUUUGAAUUUAUGAAAGGGGCUUUCCACUUAUGCCCAGGUGGCUUCAGCGGGCAUCCUCAAUUUCUAUACCCCACCACAUCAUCAUAUAUGAAAGUGACAAAUGACAGGCACCUUUUUAUUUUCAACAGUCAUCAACUUUGAGAAGUGACCUUAAUUUGGCAUGCUCUAAUGUUUAUUAAUUGUUACUUUACGAUAUUGUACGAUUUUGAGAUGGUAAAGUACCAUUCUAAGACUAUAAAGUACUAUUUUUGGAGUUCCAGGGUAACCAGGUCGGGUAUUGUAGUUACUUCCUUUAGGUUGUAGAAUAAUUGCCCCAAAAGUCAUAAUUAUUAUGAAAUACUAUCAGAAUUUCCAAAAGUUUAAAUGAAAAAAAAUUAUAAUUUUUUAAAAAUUUCAAAACGAUUUGAAAACUAAAUUAAAAGCAAGGCAUUAAUUAAUGUGUUGCUGCUGUGUCCUACAGCAUGAAAAUGCAGGUUUUAAACAAGUGUUCUGCUUUACGUCACAUGUAAAAAUAGUAAAAAUUAUUGUUAAUUCACUGAUGCCCAUUAUAUUUGCAGUUACAUGUCAAUUUAACCUUCUUCAAAAAUUUCAAACAAAUCACUUUGAAUAAAAGUUAAUUUUGUUAAAUUUUUAAAAAUCUCUUUAAUGGCAGGUUCCAAUGUAAAAAAUGUGAAACUUUAUUGGACACUGGAUGUGUGUGAAGGAGAAGCUACGCACAGAAAGACAAAAGUCCGGUUAAAAAAUGAAGCUUCUACAAAUGUAAGCAUAUUAUAGUUAACUAUAUCACACUCCUUAUUAUGAAUGAAAUGUUUUUUAAAGACUCAUUAGAAGCUAUUAGAUUUAUAAAGAUACAUUUAAAGUAAUUUUUGUUUAAUGAUCAUUACUUUUCUUUUUCAUGCUUUGACCAAAUAACUUUUUUCCCCCACAGCAAAGCUACUUUACAAUAAGUGAUCUUUUAUCUGACUGUGUGUAUGAGCUCAAAUUACAUGCAGUCAAUUUUAUGGGGAAGAUGGAUGAGGGGCGCACUGAGAUCUUUACAACCCCCCCUUGCCUUGCCACAAAGGGAAGCAUUGUCAAUCAGACUUGUCUCUCAGAAGGUAUGGAGCUCUUUUCACUACUUUGAUGUGUCAUUAAAACUUGUUCUUUAUGUGUGUAAGGAUGCAACUGUUUUGCAUGAUUUUUGCUCACAUGAAACUUGGCAUCAAGGUUGUCAAGUGUUUAUUUCCACUCUACACUGACAGGGAAUACAUCAACUACCAUGCAUACUAUCCCAUAAAGGAAUUAUAUUAUAUAAUUAUAUUAUAUAAUUCUAAACACAUACUCUGCUGAAUGUAAUAGAAUUACUUACUUGCAGGUGUCAUGAGGAAAUAAGCAAUAUUUUGUACCUGUUAGUUUUGAUUGUUACUUUUAAUAACAUAAUUUUGUAUUUUUAAAAUUAUAUUGUUUCACCUAUUUGUUUUUGUUUUGUUUUCAGUCACACCCCUUUUACCGCCAUUUGGUUUGAAUGUAUUUUUCAAGCGCAAGUUAACUUGUAUUUGUCAGGCCUUUGUGUUCUGGCAGCAUCCAGUAGAUCAGGAGAGUAGAAUCAGCCAGUUCAUAGUGCUCUGGGGCCCAAGCAGGCCUCCGUCUAGUCAUAAUUUUGGUGCCUCAUCUAUUGUGUACAAUUCUUCACCAUACAAAAUCUAUGUACCUGGGGUAGGCAAAGCACUAUGCUUCCUUUUUUAA